CAAUCCCUUAAAUUGCCAAGGGCAGAUGAAGAGGAUCAAAGCAAGAAUAAGGACAAAUCCCAGGCAUCUUGGAGAAGCCACAUGGAGGGUUCAAGUGGUUCACUUUCUCAGAGACAGCAUGAUGAGACAUCGCACUUGUCCUUGGGAGCAACAAAAGUCAGAGGUAUCGGUAACCAACACACAAUGGGGGCUCAUUCUUCAUCUGGUUUCUCUGGUUCUGACAAUCAGCCCAUUCAUGUAGGUGCAUCCCCAGACAGAGGAAAAAGCAUGGUAACCUCUAAACAUCAAACAAACAAUGGAGAUGAUAAUGACAAUGCGCAAACUACAGUAGGUGACCAAGGUGAUGACUACCUCACAGUUGACCCCUGGGCCCUACACAUCCUAAAGCAGACUAAAAAAAGUGAGCUCCAGAAGAGCCUAACCCAAAAUCAUGUUCGCCUUCUACCAAAUAAAGCACAUACAUCAGUUCAGUUCAUACCAAUUGACAGGUCACAACCCAGUAACUUGGAGAAGGCAAGAAAUGACUUUGUUGAUCUCUAUCAAGACGUUUUCGGUUCCUUGAAGUAUGAAGAUAUGGACAUCAGUGGCUAUAGCAUUGGUUCAGAUGAGGCAAGGAAAGCUCUUGAGAGGGUAACAGAGGCAUAUUCUUUGGUACAAAUGACAGAAGUUGAGGAUAGAAUCUUUUCAUUCUAUGGAGUGGAGUCUGACAUUCGGGAGGCCAGAAAGACACUUUGUGCAAUGCUGGACCUCCCCAUGCAUAGGAAGGACAGACUGGCAAGGCAAAAUGUUGCAACAAGAAAUGACACGCCUACUAGUACUACGGCACAACCUGUGCCUGGGACAUCAUCAAGUCCAAUGCUACAUGGUGAUCAACAAUUUGAAUGCAACUUGAAUGGAGUGAAGAUCACAGUCAUGAAAGGAGACAUCACAAAACAAGGUGUUGAUGUAAUUGUGAAUGCCUCUGAUACAAAUCUUCUACAUGGAGGUGGCGUAGCCGCUGCAAUAGUCCGAGCAGGGGGGCCCACUAUUCAAUCAGAAUGCAGAGACUACCUCACAUCCCAAGGUCCAAUAAAAACCACAGAGUGUAUGUGGACAACGCCAGGACACCUGCCCUGUAAACAAAUCAUCCAUGCUGCAGGGCCAAAGCACUACGAUUCAAACACACUUCAGAUGAUGAGGCAGACUUUCAUCAACAUCUUUACAAUGGCUGUAGAGCUAAAGGCAACCUCUGUUGCAGUACCUGCUAUCAGUACAGGUAUGUAUGGGGUUCCUGCUGACGUCUGUGCCCAAGCAAUCUUUGAUGCCAUCAUGGACUUCACGCAGCAUGGAAGUACAUCCCUCAGUAACAUCUGCAUUGUUGACAUCAACCUGACAACAGUCCAGGACAUUGCAGCUCACUUCAAAGGGUCUUCGGACAGUUUCCCCACAGCAUUCACUGGUAGCAGCAGUAAAAGAAAGACACAUUCAUCAAUGUCCACAGGCUAUACUGGAUCACUUGGAGGACACAAAGCAGCAACUACUUAUACUACUGGUAGUAAGAGCUAUGCAAAUGCUACAAGGUCUGGAGAUGGGGCCAGUGGUGUCGGACAAGUCGUCUCUGCAUCACACAAAAAACAACUGCACACUGAGAGGUCUACGAAAGGCUCUGCAGCUUCAGGGCCAUCCAAGGAUGCUGAUGAUCAGGAGAAAACAUGUCCUAUCUGCCUUGAUGACUUCAAUGAUCCCAAGACCAUCCCACAGUGCAAGCACAAGUUCUGUAAAAACUGUCUGGACCAAGCGCUGAAGGCAGCUUCACAGUGUCCUAUCUGUAAAACUGUGGUAGGGACCUUGACUGGGACUCAGCCAAAACGUGGCACCAUGAGGGACAGAGUUGAUAAUUACACGACCCUUCCUGGUUAUCCCAAGUGUGGUACAAUAGUGAUUGACUAUCACUUUCCAGCUGGAACCCAAGGGCCAGAACAUCCGAACCCAGGGCGUCCCUACUACGCAACGUCCCGUAGAGCCUAUCUGCCUGACAACCGUGAGGGAAGAGAAGUCCUGGCCUUGCUGAGACGUGCCUUCAACCAACGGCUAGUCUUCACUGUCGGUACAUCGGCAAGUACUGGACUGUCUGACAAUGUCAUUUGGAACGACAUUCACCACAAGACCAACACACAUGGAGGGCCAACAAACUAUGGCUAUCCAGAUCCUGACUACAUGCGGAGGGUUAAAGAGGAACUUGCAGCUAAAGGCAUCAAGUAAAGAUGAUAAACAGUGUAAUGUCUAUGUAAAAUAUAGGUUUGUAACACAAAUGAACCUAGAUUACAAAGUAGGUUACAAAGUGUCCUCAGUGACUUAGACUUAAUUUUUUUUUGUUUUAUAGGAUCUAGAUAUUAAACAGAUCACACUCGAUCUGUAUUAUAUAACUAUACGAAUGUGAGUCAUAUAGUCACAUUCCAGGAGUUUCUGUUCUCUCAAAAGUAUGAAUAAUAUGGUGAGAUACCAUAAUAUAGGUAGGAUGCCUUCAAGAAAACUGUUUUGAAUGUAGACUACAGAUUUAAGAGCAGCGUAUUUCUUUGAGAUACAUGUUACGUUAAUUACAAAUUGAUCUGUUCUAAAUAGUUACACCUGAUGUCCUUCAUACACAAUUAUCACUAUUUAUUUCAUACAUAAUGUACAAAAUGUAUUUGAUUUCCUUGUCUAAAUCAGGCAAAUUACAUCUUUAUCAUGUAGGAUUUGUUUCAUCAUUUUUUCUUCAUUGUUGUAUCUAUAAUUUGAAGGACAUUCUCAUCUGUAAUUCUUUAAAGUGAUAUCAUGGAUGUGGUAGUUCUCAACAGCAUUAUCAAUGUAUUCCAUGCAUUUAUGUCCACUCAUACGAUCCAUAACUUUCAGAAUGGACAUUGUUUUGCGCAUGAGGUUACAGGCCUUUGAAACGUGAGGGUAGAGAUUAGUGAAGAUGCUUGUGGUCAAUAAAGUGAAGGUUGUUGGUACUAUAUGUGCAUUACAACUGGUGUCUUCUCAAGUUUGUUCUACGUUUACGCUACAUAAUGGUUGCAGUAUGGUGGAGA